AUGAGAGGCGACCACAAAGAGAUGACGAUCAUUCUAGAGGCUAUCCCAUCACAUGAUCUUUGGAUAUGGCAUGCAUUCUUUGGUCCAACUGGUGCAAACAAUGACAUCAAUGUGCUAGACCAGUCGUCAGUAUUCAACGAUAUCUACCUUGGAAAGUCACACAAUGUACCUUUUCAAGCAAAUGGGGUAGCAUAUAAGUGUGGAUACUAUCUUACUGACGGUAUAUAUCCUCCCUUGUUUGUUUUUGUGAAACCGUUUACAUGUCCUAACGACCCGAAAAGGAAAAAGUUUAAAGAGGCGCAAGAGUCAGCUAGGAAGGAUGUGGAGCGAGCAUUUGGUGUACUUAGGAGACGUUGGCAAGUACUAACGGUCGGGGCAAGGUCAUAUGAGGUGAAAAGAGCGAUAUGCCGAUACAACGAAAAUGAAGUUUUGCCAAAUGUCGAAGGAGUAGCCGUUGCUACACAAGAGUAUAGGGUGAAUAGAAGAGAAGUACACAAUCGUGACAUUCAUCAGGCCCUUCAUGCUGAUUUGGUGGAGCACAUUUAUAGGGCUCAUAUUCAGCCCCCGUACGAGUUAUCUCACGAUGAUUUGUUUGACGAACCAGACGAGGAUUCUGAUAUGUUCAUCGAGAGUGUAGAUUCCGACGAUGAAAGUGACGCUGGGGAGAAUGAUGCAGACGAUCAAGGCGAUGACAAAGACGAUGAUUCCGUGUGA